CGGAUGUCUAUGGUGGACGUGCAGCCCAUGUGUAUCAGUGCGGCGCCCUGAGCUCUAAGAUUAAGUGCUAGUAGUCACGCCGCAGCUCCUGGAUUUCAUUGAGCGAGAUGGCAGAACAGUUACAAGAGUUGGAGCACAUCCUCUCACAGCUCGUCCAGCCAGAUAAUGCUACCCUACAGCAGGCUACAGCCCAACUAAAGACUGCCUUCAAACAUCCCCAUGUGGUGCCAGCACUGUGUACUAUAAUGACAAACUCCAUGGACCCACAGAUUCGUCAGUCUGCUGCAGUUAUGGUGAGGAUGCAUGUAUCUAAACACUGGAAGAAACUUGCUUCUGACAUCAAAGAAAGCAUGAAACCACUUAUUUUGCAGGCCCUCCGGCAUGAAACUGAGCACAAAGUUCAUCAUUCACUGUCCCAACUGGUUGCCACAAUGAUGAAGCAUGAGAGUCCAGAUCGGUGGCCUGACCUUCUCAGUUUCCUAAACACACUGAUCAAAAGCAGCAAUCCACAAGAGCGACAAAUUGGACUUCUAGUUCUCAGCAAAAUAUUGGAUUCAAACCCAGAGCCUUUCAAACCCUAUUUCAAAGAUCUACUCAAGCUGUUUCAUGUAACACUAGAGGAUCGUGGGAAUACAGCAGCAGUGUUCUAUUCCGUUCAAGCUUUGACAUCUAUGGUUUCUUACAUUGGCAGUGAUGAACUGAACCUGAUUCGAUUAUUGGUUCCUAAGCUGAUUGCAUCCAUUAAGCAUCUCAUCCAAGCCAACCAGGACCAAGCCAGUGAGGCAAUGGAGGUGUUUGACGAGAUGAUGGAUAGUGAAGUGGCAAUUAUUGUACCACAUUUGUCAAUUAUGGUUCAUUUCUGCUUAGAAAUUUGUGCUAACAGUUCUCUGGAAGACAGUUUGCGAGUCAAAGCACUUUCCUGCAUUGGUAGCCUCAUCAGGGUCAAAGGGAAGGCUAUUCUUAAACAGAAGCUGCUCUCAUCUAUACUUCAGGUGUUAUUUCCAAUUAUGUGUACAGUUCCCCCACCAGGUGAGGAAGACCCAGAAGAUGCAGAACCUGAUCCAGAUGAUGUAGGUGAUGACGUGGAGGCUCAAUCACCCAAACACUGUGCAGCUCAGGUUAUUGAUAUGCUGGCAUUGCAUCUGCCUCCAGAAAAACUAUUCAGUCACUUGACACCAAUGACUGAAGCAGCACUUUGCAGUGACAACCAGUAUGAUCGUAAGGCUGGACUUAUGUGCCUGGCUGUUCUGGCAGAGGGCUGCGCUGACUAUAUCCGGCAAAAAUAUUUAUCAAGCAUGCUUCAGGUGAUUUGUCGAUCAUUAAAUGACACCAGCCAGGUGGUUCGAAAUGCAGCUUUGUUUGCACUUGGACAGUUUUCUGAGCACUUGCAGCCAGAUAUUAGUAAGUUCUCUGAUGAACUGAUGCCUCUACUUCUGAACUAUCUUUCGGGAACGGAUAAUAAGCAUUGCAGCCAUGUGACAAAAGCUUACUAUGCCUUGGAAAACUUUGCAGAAAAUCUUGGUGACAAGAUUGAGCCCUAUCUCCCCACUCUUAUGGAACGAAUGCUAACAAAUUUGCAGUGUUCUCAAAGCCUACGGAUCAAGGAGUUGUCCGUCAGUGCUAUUGGAGCUAUAGCUAAUGCUGCCAAAGGGGCUCUUUUACCAUACUUUCAUCCAAUCAUGGAGAGCUUAAAGGGCUACCUUCUCAAUACCCAAGUGGAUGGAAGAGCUCUUCAGGUCCAGGCAGUUGAAACUUUAGCAGUGUUGGCUCACACAAUGGGGAAAGAAGCAUUUGCUCCACUGGCUGAUGAAUGUGUUCAGUUGGGAAUAAAUCUCACUAAUUCUGUAGAUGACCCAGAUCUCCGUCGUUGCACAUAUAGCUUGUUUUCUGCUAUCUCUGCUGUGUCUCCCACUGCUGUUGCUGCCAAUUUACCUACUAUUACAACUCUUAUGACAAUGUCACUAAAGUCUACAGAAGGUGUAACAGCUCAUCUUAAUGAAGAGAACCAGUCUUUCCUAUUGCUUGAAGAUGAUGAUGAUGAUGAGGGUAAUAAUGAAACCUUAAUUGAAGAAGAGACAGAAGAAGAGCAAGAUAAUAAUGAUAUUGCUGGGUUCAGUGUGGAGAAUGCCUAUAUUGAUGAGAAAGAAGAUGCCUGUAUUGCCCUUGGAGAGAUUGCUUACAACUCAGGCUCUCAAUUUUUACCAUAUUUGGAGACAUGUUUCCAAGAGGUUUACAAGUUGCGUGAUUUUCCACAUGAAAAUGUACGCAAGGCUGUUUAUGAGUCAGUAGGCCAGUUCUGUAGAGCUGUACAUCGUGUGUGGAAGGAAAAUCCAUCAGACGUCAACAAGGAAGCACUUCAUAGCCUCUUUUCUAUGGUCAUGCCAUCCUACUUAAAUUUAGUUAAGGAGGAGAAGGAUCGCCAUGUGGUGAUGGCAAUGUUUGAUUCGUUAAAUGCUAUCUUGAAGGAAUGUGGUCCUGAAUUGUUACAAGGUGCUGGGCGGCUUGAUGGCAUUAGCAAGGCAAUCAGAGAUGUUUUACAAAAGAAGGCAGCUUGCCAAGAUAAUGAAGACUACGAUGAUGAUGAAGAAGAGCAGGCUGAAUUUGACUCAAUGCUGCAGGAGUAUGCUGGAGAAGGCAUUCCUCUCUUAGCCAAGGCGUGUGGUGUGCAAACAUUUGCACCCUACUUUGCAGGAUUUCUUCCUCUGCUGUUGCCUAAAACUAAAUCUUCCUCAGUGGCUGACCGCUCAUUUUCUAUUGGCACAAUUGCUGAAACAUUGGCAGCUCUGGGAGAAGCUGCUAAAGCAGGAGGCGCCUCUGGGACUGUUUCCUCACACUUUGCUCAGAGGCUACUUCCUGUCAUGGUAGCUGGGGUACGAGAUGAAGAUGAUGAAGUGCGUAGCAACUCAGUGUUUGGACUUGGUGCUCUAAUGGAAGCUUGUGGUGAUAGUGUUUCCCAACAGUAUCCAGCAGUGCUUGGUGUUUUCUCUUCUUUAAUGUCACAUGAAUCUAACCAGCGGGUACUUGAUAAUGUGUGUGCUGCCCUUGCUCGGAUGAUUAUGACCUGCCUACCAUGUGUACCUGUUGAACAGGUUUUUCCAGUCUUCCUGCAGCACCUUCCUUUAAAAGAAGAUUUAGAGGAAAACAGCACAAUAUUUAACUGUUUGGCUUUCCUGUACAGCAAAAACCAAUCUCUGAUCAUUCAGAACUUGAAGACGGUCCUCGGCAUUGUGGGGCAAGCUUUGGGGACACCAGAACUCAAAGAAGACACCCAGAACACCUUGUGCCUCAUGCUCAGAGAUGUAACUCAGCGCUUUCCUCAAGAGUUUCAGACUGCUUUGAUUUCACUUCCUGCAGAAGCAGCUGCUAAAAUUGCUGCAAGCACUUCCUAGGGGGUGUCUGCUAGAAGACGGAUAAAGAAUUGACACCCAGCUUUAUAAAAAUGACUUGGAGUGCACAGUGCAGUAGUUCUGUAGAGGAAGAUCAAAAGAAGUCGUUUUCUACAUUAUUACCCUCUUGCCUUUAUUUAACUGGGUAUUGAAGUUUUUUGUACUUUUUUUAGAUGAAUUCUGCUUUUUGGCAGCCUUGAUAACAUCUUGGUGUCUUUGUAUUCUGGUGCUGAUUACUGCAGAAUUGAAGCCUUCUUUGAUUCCCACAGUGCAAAUACAAUCUUGUGCUUUUCUAAGGUGACCUCCACAACCAGGUCAGUUUAGUGUUUAUCUGCUCAAUAAGAGUCACUUUGGCUACAGUAAUAAACAAUGCAUUCUUUA